AUGGUCCGGCUUUCAAGAAUAUCCACCCAGGUGACCUUUCUCGCGCCCCUCCUGCUACAGGGAAUCAGUCAGUUAAGCGCAGCUCUUGUCUCUCCUUACGAUCAGACAAGUCAUGACAUAUUGGGCCUUUCACCGACUCCGUCUCCAAGCACCAUCUUUCCUGUACCUGCUGAACCUCAUGUCGCCUUGGAGCGUGAUAAGUCCAUUCUAGCCGACUCAGUUCCAGUGAUCAUCUCCCAAGAAACUGAACUCAUUUCAGACAACAUUGCUCUAGAGCCCAGGACCCCAAAAGGAGGGAGAGGAGGCAACAGCAGUUCAGGCUCCAGUUCAGGCUCCAGCUCGGGUUCUUCCAGUCAGAACAGCGGCCCUAUUGCUGCGGACUCCGGUUCCCAUGCCAACUCCAACACUUCGCCCGAUGACUCCACAACCACACAUAAGCCCAAGAAGCCAAAAGUCAAGGGCUGUUCUGAGGACAUCUCCGAGUUUCAGGAGCUUGGCAUGGGGUUGACCUUGGUGCUGCGCUGA